UGUGUUAGUACCUGGGCUCUCGCUGUGUCUCAGCCUCAGCGAUCAUGUCCAUGUUUAGCUUCGGCUUUACCCAGGAGCAGGUGGCUUGUGUGUGUGAGGUGCUCCAACAAGGAGGGAACAUGGACAGGCUGGGGAGGUUCUUGUGGUCACUGCCCGCCUGCGACCACCUCCACAAGAACGAGAGCGUGCUGAAAGCCAAGGCGGCGGUGGCUUUCCAUCGGGCCAACUUCCGAGACCUGUACAAGAUCCUGGAGUCCCACCACUUCUCCCCCCACAACCACCCACGGCUGCAGCAGCUGUGGCUCAAAGCUCACUACGUGGAAGCCGAGAGGCUGAGGGGCCGGGCGCUGGGGGCCGUGGGCAAGUAUCGGGUCCGCAGGAAGUUCCCGCUGCCCAGGACCAUCUGGGAUGGCGAGGAGACCAGUUACUGCUUCAAGGAGCGAUCCCGCAGCACCCUGAGGGAGUGGUACCUCCACAACCCCUACCCGUCCCCCCGAGAGAAACGAGAGCUCGCCGAGACCACCGGCCUGACCACCACCCAGGUCAGCAACUGGUUCAAGAACCGCAGACAGAGAGACCGGGCGGCCGAGAGCAAAGAGAGGGAGAACGGUGAGAACUCGAACCCUGGCUGUAAACAGCGGGCUGGCUGCUCGGGGCUGAGCUCCGAGCUCCAGCCCUCCCUACACAGCUCGGAGGACGAGGAGGAGAUGUCUCCCUCGCACAGCCCUGACCCCCAUGGCCUCCUGUACCCCGUAAGCCGGCACAGAGGGUCCGUCACCUCCCUCCUCCCUGCCUCGCUCAGCGGCAGCCUCCAGCCCUCGGAACUGAUGCAGGACUCCGUGCUCGGGCCCCUCACAGACAGCCUGACACACUUGGACUCCUGA